UUUUGAUGUGUUUGCUUAUUUCCGAUAAUAUAUCUGUGUGAGUGUGUGUUUCCCCUGAGUUCUGAGCAGCACUUCCCUGAGGGACUGUUUUCAGUCUGAACCUCUCUGUACUACAGUGUGGAGCCUUUCAGAUCAGAGCUGUGUGUGUGAGGAGUGUGUGAGAAACACACACAGUAAAUGAGCUGAUGUGUGUGAGAGCAGAUGAUGGAAGGCAGUGUGGAGCAGACUGACUCAGGUGGACUCCAUGUCCAGUCCCAUCUCGGACACUUCUCUCUGUCGGAACAACAGCAAACUGGAGACGUUUCUGAAGAGACACUCUCACCGGGACGUGCACGAGCGGAUUCACUACUACGAGUCGUGUGUCGUGGUUUCUGAGGAACUCGACAAGGUGUUUCUGCACGUGCUGCUCACCGACGACUCGAUUUACCUGAGCGAGUAUCAGCCUCGGACCCUCAGCAGGGCUCUGCACUUCAGCCUCAUUCUGUACAUCCAGCUGCUCAGUGCAAAUACAACUCCACUCAUCUCACACUCAGGAAUAAAGAUACUCACCUCUACUGUCUCCUGCUGGGAGCGGACAUGUCACCUGUUCAGCCAGCUGAGUGGGGAGCUGUUACAGGAUGAGCUCAGCUUGGAGAGUUUGUAGCUGCUCCCUCAGAAGCUCUGUGCUGCUGCACAUCACAACAUUGCCAUUAAAACACUCUUCUGGAGGUCACCUGAGCUCUAUCUGUUCCUGGUGAAAACGCUGACUGUAAGCCUGCAGCUCUCUCAGGACAGAUUACACACUGCAGACAGGCUACUGCUUUCCACGUUAGUGCUUCAGACCAUAAGCCUGAUGCUCGGUGAGACGGAGAAAGGAGCUGCUCGCUUUAGCGCACUAACGUCCAAGCAGGGAAGCGUGACUGCAGACUUGCUCUUGGCUUUGGUGUGUGAUCCUGAGCUAAAGCCUUACAACUGCAAUUCUACAUCUCACACAGAGGUAAGGGUCUCACAAGCCGAGUAUCUGGACUCAGUAUUUAAUCUGCUUUUUGAGUUGGUGAUGUUUUGCCAUGAAGUGAGUCUCAUGCAGAAUGUAGGACACUUUCUGACUGUCCUUGUUUUUCAAACACUUAAAUCUCACCCUUUCUUUCUCCUGUUUAUGGUUUAUCAGGCCCAGCGUGUGGUUCUGGUUCUGUCAUUUCUGUCAGAGUCUCCCUUGAGCCCGUCUCAGGCUGUCCUCCUGUACCAGCGGUGCCACUUGCUCCUGACCUGCAUGCAGCACAACCCCUGUGUGAACACCUCCAUUAUUACAGAACUUAAAGAAGAGUUCAGGUAUUAUGUGAGACAGUCCGGUCUGGAGGACAAGCGUCCCCUUCACUGUCCCAUUAGUAGACCAGCACAGCAUCUCCUCUCCCAGCUGCUCAGCCUGGUGAUCACGAGGACUGUUUACAGCCAUCUGUCUCUCACACAUUAGUACAAAUAUUCAUUUUUAUCUUAUUAACUGAUGACCAUGGAUAUAUAUAGAACUGGUGUAUUAUGUACUUUGUCAGUUGUGGAGAUAAAGUCCAGUAUACUGUGUGAAGGACAAGGAGGGACAUUUAUCAUGAGGAUCCUGUAACCAGGAUAAGCAGCAAAAUCAA